UCUACUUUCUACCGACAGGCGAUCGCCCUAUCGAUCGAACGACAAUCGGCCAUUGGUUACAGUUGCUACAACGCCAGCGUAGAAAAAGGAGGUUGGCCGAUUUGCUUCCUUCAGAACAGGACACAACUUGUUCAAGGAGUACACCGUGUUGCUGAUGGGGAAUUCGAUACGGAACACAACGGUGACGUCAUGCUGCACAAACUCACUUACGCACGGAAUCAAAGCAGCUACGAAAACGAAAUGUACGUUAUGCGCGGAGGUACUCGUGCUGUCUGUCGGGGAGACAGUGGAGCUGGACUUUACCGCGUGGAUGAAGGGGACAGCAGAGCCACAGUCUUGGGGGUUCUGAGUGGAGGAACCUCAUGUUAUCUGGUUGAAGAACAUAGAAGUGAAACUUUUACAACAGAUCAGAUGUUUUCUUGA